AUGCUGUGCGACUUCCAGACGGGAUAUGCAAGAACGAGCAUUCAACCGAAGCCCAACAAGCGUGUUGAGCUGACCGAGGAUGUUCAACACGAUGAACGCGACUUGGUCAGUAGUGGACCCAUUAGGAAUGGUGAUGAAGAUGAACAGCAGAAGCGCCAUUGUUCCUAUCCUGGUGAACCACUGGCAGUACCGCAGAGGGAUUAA